UAACGGGAAAGCGCCUUCUCAAUCACUUUGGUCUUUUGCAGCGUCCGUCGGAAGAUACAGAAGACAUGGCCUCGUCCACCCCAGGCAGGAGCGCAGCACGGACGUCGCUGGCGGGAGCGCCAUCCCCGGGCAGCCCGACCCGGCUGAGUCGGUUGCAGGAGAAGGAAGAGCUGCGACACCUGAAUGACAGGCUGGCCGCUUACAUCGAACGGGUACGGUCGCUGGAGGCAGACAAGUCCCUGCUGAAGCUGCAACUGGAGGAAACGGAGGAGGUGUCCACGCGGGAGGUGUCUAACCUCAGGCUCCUCUAUGAGACCGAGCUGGCCGAUGCCCGCAAGCUGCUGGACUACACCGCCAACGAGAGGGCCCGUCUGCAGGUGGAGCUGGGCAAAGUACGAGAGGAACAUCGGCAGCUGCAGGCCAGAAAUUCCAAAAAAGAAGCAGAUUUGAACCAGGCUCUAAGUCAGCUGCGAGAUCUGGAAGCUAAACUUAACUCCAAAGAAGCUGAGUUGGCCACUGCUUUAUGUGAAAGAAGAAGUUUGGAUGCACAGCUUCAAGAUCAGAAAAUCCAGAUAACUGGACUUGAAUCAUCAUUAAGUGAUACAACUAAACAGCUACAUGAUGAAAUGCUGUGGAGGGUUGACUUGGAAAACAAAAUGCAAACACUCAGAGAGCAACAGGAGUUUGAAAAGAAUAUGCAUGGACAGGAGGUCAGAGAGAUGAAGAAACGUCAUGAGACCAGGAUUGUUGAAAUAGAUUCUGGUCGUCGGAUAGAAUUUGAAAGCAAGCUAGCUGAAGCUUUGCAAGAGCUACGGCAAGACCAUGAACAACAAGUCAUGGAUUACAAGGAGCAGUUAGAGAGAACUUUCAGUGCAAAGUUGGAAAACGCACAGCUUGCAGCAGCAAAGAAUAGUGACUAUGCCAGUGCCACCCGGGAAGAGAUCAUGUCUACGAAGCUAAGAAUAGAUUCCUUAACAUCCCAGCUGAACCAGUAUCAAAAGCAGAACUUGGCACUGGAGGCUAAACUGAGGGAUCUUGAGGAGAUGCUGGAUCGUGCCCAUGACUUGCACAGAAGGCAGAUGAGUGAGAAGGACCGGGAGGUGUCUGAAAUGAGGCGCCAACUGCAGACUCAGUUGGAUGAAUAUGAGCAAUUGCUAGAUGUGAAGCUGGCCUUAGAUAUGGAAAUAAAUGCAUACAGGAAGAUGCUGGAAGGGGAGGAGCAGAGGUUGAAACUAUCACCGAGUCCUGCUCAGAGAGGCACAGUAUCUCGAACAUCAGCUGGUCACACAAGCCGCUCACAUCGUGGGAAAAAGAGAAAGCUAGAAGACAGCGAGAGACAAGAGACCAGGAGGACGUACCAGGUGGUUCAGCAAGGCUCUUCUUCAGGGCCUGUGUCUAUUGAUGAAAUAGACCCAGAUGGGAAGUUUGUUAGACUGGUGAACAAUUCUGAAGAGGAUCAACAACUUCAUGGAUGGACGAUGAGGAGACAGCAUGGGUGCCUUGCAGACAUUGUGUAUAAACUUCCUGCCAGGUUCACCCUAAAGGCUGGUCAACAUGUAAAAAUCUGGGCUUCAGGAGCUGGAACCGCACACAGCCCUCCUACAGAUUUAGUGUGGAAGUCUCAGCUAUCAUGGGGGACAGGAGACGAUAUGAAGGUUACACUUUUGGACCCUAGUGGUCAUGCAUAUGCAGAAAGAACUCUUCUAAGAGUAAGGAACGAGGAGGGCGACUCCGAAGAGGAAUUACUUGAAGAGGAGCUGGAAGAGUAUCGUUUUUGUUCCCAGCGCAAAAGAAGAAAAAAGAAAUGUUGUUCAGUUUCGUGAUGGCCUUGGUCCCAUGCACUGGGAAGUGUCAGUCGCCUCACCAGCCAGUGGAUCCCAGCUGUGCAGUCAUGUAGCCGUUACAGGGGAAAAUAAAUAAAGUGAAAGCAGGCAGC